AUGCCCAAGAAUAGACAGCUUUGUGCCCUUUUUGUCUCUCAGAUGAACAUCUGUGGCAUCAACAAAAACCGAGUCCUCCCAGAAGCCCAGGAAAACAAUGUGAAGAAGCUCCUACCACGCCCUCUGUCUAGGGUGAAUGGCUGGUCACAACCCCUCCACUCCUUUCAGGCAAUAUCCUGGACCACCUACCUGGCCAUGUCCAUUGUCACCUUUGGGAUCUUCAUCCCCUUUCUUCAAACUAGCUGGAAAUAUGCUGCCAAUAUUGUAUCCUUUGUACUAGAAGGGUGGGCCCCUGGGCUACAUGUGAUGGGUGGGGUGUUCACGUUCCACCUCAUCGUGCACUUGAUCGCAAUUACCAUCGAUCCAGCUGACACCAAUGUCCGACUCAAAAAGGACUACAUGGAGCCUGUGCCGACCUUCGACAGGUCCAAACAUGCACAUGUGAUUCAGAACCAGUAUUGCCACCUGUGUGAGGUUACCGUGAGCAAAAAGGCCAAACAUUGCAGCUCCUGCAACAAAUGUGUCUCUGGCUUUGACCACCACUGCAAAUGGCUGAACAACUGUGUGGGCAGGAGAAACUACUGGUUCUUCUUCUGCUCUGUGGCCUCAGCUGCAGUUGGGCUUCUUGGUGUGAUGAUUAUCUUAUCGUACAUCUUCAUCCAGUACUUUGUCAACCCCAAUGAGCUUCGCACAGAUCCUCGAUAUAAAGAGAUCAGCUCCGAGAACACAUGGCUGAUGUUCCUCUCACUGUGGCCUCUGCCUGUGAAGACCCCCAUGGUCCUUUCCAUCGCAGUGGUGGUACUGCUGCUAGCUAUUGCCAGUUUUGUGCUGCUCGGGCACCUGCUCAUCUUCCACUUCUACCUGAUUGCUAAGAAUCUGAGCACAUUUGACUACAUGAUGCAGGCCCGAUUCCAGAAGAGUCCACAUCCAGCAGAGAAGAAAGAGCUACCUCUACAGAAGAAGGGGAACCUUCCCCAGGAAAAGAGUAACAACUUGACCUGGCCUAAGUCCCCACCCAGAGUGGAGUCCCAGAGGUUCCUGCUGUCUACUCUUUCGCCACAGUCAAAUGUAUGUUUCAUAGCUCCACCUCCAAAUACUUCGCCACAGUGA